UGCUUGUCUAGGUCCCUCGGAAAACUGUCAGUUUUAAGAAGCUGCAUUAAAUUUUAUGUACCACAUGAGACUGUGGCUUGCGGUCCUGUAGCAUGAAAACCACCAAUUUCGGCAAUCCUCUUUUUAUCAACACUCCAUUUUUCGCUCUACUCGCUUACUCGCUGCUAUGCAACCACUUUUUGAGACGAGCUGGGCGUUGCCGUCAUCGAUUGCACCCCAGAAAAAGACAAACAAAGCAGAUAGAUCGUCCGAUCAAAAUCGCGAAUCGAACGGACAGUCGGUUUCUAAACAAGCUGAUCAGCUUCAAAAUCAAGUUACAAAGCUAAACAAGAACAACAAUAAGGGCAAUGACACCAAGAAACAACUACAGCAGCGAAAGAAGAACAACAAAAAGAGACAACAGCAGGAUCAGCAGGGUCAAAAUGACAAUGACACUACACAGCAGCAACAGCAACCUCCUGCUAAAAAGGCCAAAUUGAACAACAACAACAACAACAACAACAACAACAACGGCAACAACAAAAAGCAAAUUGGCAAGAACGACCCAAUGGAGGAAGACUCGAUUCCUUCAGUGCCCAAGCAGCAAAAGCAGAAGCAGAAGGAACAAGUGGGAAAGCAAAAGCAGAGUUCGAUUGGUGGCGAUGCUGUCCAGGCAAAGGACGCUGAGGAAACAGAUGCAAAGCCGCAAGAGAAGCUGACGAAAAAGCAAAAGAAGAUUGCCAAUCAACAAGCCAAGGAAGCCGAGACUGCAUCCAACGUAAAGCCCUCAGUUUCCAAGCAAAAUGCUGCCGCUGCUAAAAAGAAGCCGGUCACAGAGGAUCAAAAGGCCAAGUUGCAACAGCUACUAGCAAAGAAGAACGAAUCCAACGACAGCAGAAAGAGCAAGCAGCAACAUCAGAAGCCUGGAAAAAAGCAAACCGAAAAGCCGUCUGGAGCCAACGCGCCUGCUACAACCGCAAAGAGUAACACAGGGGCCAAAUUAACACCUUUGCAGCAAAAGAUGAAGGAAAAGCUUUCUGGUGCUCGGUUCCGGUGGUUGAAUGAACAACUUUAUACCACAAAAGGCGAUGAAUCUUUCAAGCUGUUCAAAGAAAAACCUGAACUCUUUGAAGAAUACCAUGAAGGUUUCCGACACCAAGUAGAGUCAUGGCCCGAGAAUCCCGUCGAUAUCUUUGCCAAGCAACUGUCUAAGCUCCCUGCAGGCACAGUGGUAGCAGAUCUUGGAUGUGGCGAUGCUCAAAUUGCACAUACUCUGAAAAAGCAAAAGGUGUUAAGUUUCGAUAUGGUGGCAAAGAACGACAAGGUAGUCGCCUGUGACAUUGCCAAUCUUCCUCUUCCUGAUGGAUUUGUGGAUGUGGCAGUGUUUUCGUUGGCACUUAUGGGUACCAACUAUCUGGAUUUUCUCAAGGAAGCUAAGCGUGUCCUGAAAGCUGGAGGCGAGCUGAAAAUUGCAGAAGUCGUGAGCCGAUUUACGGACGUGGAUGAAUUUAUUGCACUAUUAGAAGAAAUGGGCUUUGAAUUCAUGGAUAAGAUGUUUAUUAUGCUUUACUUUACAAAGCAAGAGGUGGACGUGGAUCAAGAAAUAGACCAGGAGAUGUUGGAGGGAUUAAGUAAGGCACAGAAGCGAGCCUUGAAAAAGGGUGCAGGUGUUCAUGUGUCCCAAUCUAAAUUACAAAAGAAGGCCGAAAAGCUUUUGAAGCCAUGUGUAUACAAAAAGCGUUAAUAAAAGAAGAGCAUCUAUGUGUUGCUUAUGUUUGUUGACGACCGAGCUGUUGAAUGAAUGAUGGAUCUGAUUGCUCAAACGCAGUUUCACCGGAUGAGUCGCGUGCAGAUUCGUCACAACCUUGACACAAUAGCACUUGUGCUGUUUCCAGUUGCUCUGAUAUGCAAGCUGUAUGAGGUGUAAACAAGCCGAAAUUGAGCAUUCGCAACAGUAAACAUUAUAAAGCCUUUGAUGCUUCACAAGAAUAUAAAAGAAAUUA